AUGCUACAACAUUUAUCAUCUACAAGUCCUUAUGUUUGUGAUUUAAGUCAUGGGCCAAUUGAACCAGCAAAUCGUAUGGCAUCAACACCUACAAAAAAAAUAACCGCCUUACUCGAACAAAAAGAAAGUUUUCCGAAAACACGUACACCACUUAAACUUCUUGGACCGGAUGAAAUACCAAUGGAUAGUACAACAACAACAACAACAAUAAUAAAUGAUAUUAAUGCCAGUCUUCAACCUGUUUGGUAUACAGAACAAACUAUUGUUGAUGAUCAUCAUGUACAACAAGAAGAUGAUACUUCAAUAAUUCAAGAAAAAUCUCAAAUAAUUUUAACACAUUCAACAUUACCACCAAUACAAAGUGAAAGUCCAUCAAUAAGUGAAGAUGAUGAACUUCCAUUAAAUCAACCAUCAUUAAUGCAUAAAUCAUCAACAUUUAUUAUUGAACCAUCAAUGAAUAUUGAUUUACAAUUAAAUGAUUUAGAUAAAGAAAAUCUUGAUAAUGAUGAUAAAAAAUCUUUAACAACUGCACCAUCUGAUGAAUCAUUUCGUGCACUUGAACAUCUAUUAGGUCUUGGUUCAUCAACAACAACUAUUCGUGAAUCACCUAAAACAAAUCAUGAUACACUUUCAUUAACUGUUGUUACACCAACUGAUAUUAUUAAUUCAACAACAACAUCCGUACGUAUGAGUUAUGCACCAAAAACUACAUUUGAUAAUUUACCAUUAUCACAAGAUAUUCCAAUAAUGCCAACUAUUGAAAGUAUAAAUACAACAAAUCCACCAUCGUUUCUUAUGGAAAAUACUACAACGAUUGAAGAUGAACAACCAUCAACAACAAUAAAUCAACAAAAUUCAUUUGAUAUGAGUGAAAAUAAAACAAAUACGGAUGAUGAAGCAAAUUUUUCAUUUGAAUUAAAUGAUUUUUCUAAUAAUUCGAAAACUGAAUCAAUUAUUAAUAUUCCUGAACCAAGUCAACCAAUAAUUACAACAAUUCGUGCACCAACAUGUGCUGAUGUUGCUUAUCGAGCUUUAAUUAAACCACGAUCAAGUGCAAGAUUAUCUCAACCUGUGAAAGCUGAUUCACCAUUAGCAACAUCAAAUAAACCUCGUUCAUCAGCUCCAGCAUCACGUAUUCUUCGUUCAAGUAGUCGUCGUAUAUCUACUAAUCCUUCAUUACAAAAUUCAAUUGUUCAAGAACAAUCAUCAAAAAAUAAUGAAUGUUCUGUUAAUAAUGAAAAUAACACAAAUCUUGAAAAACAAACUGAAUUUGUUGAAAUUGUUAGUGUACUUGAAGAAGAUGAAAAUGAACAAGAAAAAACAAAUUCACUUACAUUAAAUCUUACUUCAUCAAAAUCAUUUGAUGAAAUUAAUCACAAUAUGUCAAAUCAAUCUGAACAAAUUUCUACACCAAUUAAAUCAUUAAUGCCAUUAUUAUCACGUGAAUAUACAUAUACUACACCAAAACGUCGUUCAUCUCAACGUCGUCGUUCAAUGUUAAAUUCUUCAUCAAUUCCAUUAGAACAAACAAUUAUAAAUGAAGAAGAAUAUAAAUCACCAUCAAUACCAUCAAAAUCAAUGUUAAAUAUUCUUUUAACAAAUCCAACUGAAAUUGAACAAAAAUCAUUAACAAAUAUAAAUACAUUUUCACCAAUUCAAUCAAUAACAAAAUCUCCAUCAAUUACUUCAAAAUCAAUGUUAGGAAUUCUUUUAACAAAUCCAACUGAUAAUGAACAAAGUGUUUUACAAGAAACAUUAACAACAUCAAUAAGACCAUCAUUAAAACGUAUAUCAACACGUCAAAGUAAACGUUUAUCAACAAAUUUAACACCAAGAGUUAGUAUUAAUCCACUUCAUUCAUCAACACCAUCAACAACAAAACGACGUAAAACUUUACAAAUGGUUUCAAUUAGUGAACAAGAACAAAUUCUAACAACUGUUCCACACGAAAUAAAUAAUGAUAAUCAAGAAAUUGCAAUAAUACCAAUUACUAAUAACAAAGAAAGUAUUCAACAAUCAAAAAUUAUUCGUACAAUUGAUACUAGUGUUCAAACAACUCCUAGUCUUAAUAAUUCAUCACGUCGUUAUUUAAAUACAAUUGAACAACAAACAACACCAAUUGUUCAUAUGAAUAAAUCAAUAUCAAAUAUUAUGAUUCAUGAAGAAGAACAACAACAACAACAAAUAUCACCAAUGCAAACAAAAAUGGUUAUGAGCUUUCAACGUAAUGUACGUUUUCAAUUAACACCAACAACUGAUGCACGUUUAACUGAAAAAGAACAACUUGAAGAAAAUUUACGUGGUUUAAAACCGGAUAUUAUCAUUCAUCCAAGACCAAUUACAUCUGAACAUAACCAAAAAAUUAUUAAACCAGUUAAAUCUAUUCGAACGAAAAAAAUUUCUAAACCAAAAAAGAAAGUAUUUACAACGAAAAAGAAAAAUAUUACAUCAAAUAAAAAAUCACAAGUAAAAAAACCUUUAAAACGACUUUCAUCAACCAAAGUUUUAAACAAAAAACCUAAAAGUACUCCAACCAAAAAAAAACAUUCACAACGAAAACGACCAAAUGUUGAAGUAACAAUUGAACCAGCUGCUAAACGAACUAAAACUUCAAAACCGAUUCAAACUCCUUUACCAUCAUUGACUCCAUCAAAAACACGAACUAUUUCAACAAAUAAUAAAAAACAUAAAUCUGAAUCAAUCGAACGACAAACAAAACCACCAACUACUCCAAAAACUAAUAAAAAAAAUAAAUCAGAACAAAAACAAAGUGCUUCGAAAAAGAAUCAAUCUAAACCAACACCUCCGGAAAAGAAUAUAGCCGAACCAGUUAAACAAACACGAGGUGCUUCGAAAAAGAAUAAAUCUCAAUCAAGUGCUUUGAAAAAUAAUAAAUCCGAACCAAUUGAACAAAAACGAAAUCAUUCGAAAAAGAAUCAAUCUAAACCAACUGCUUCGGAAAAGACUAAAACUGAACCAACUAAACAAACACGAGCUGCUUCGAAAAAGAAUCAAUCUAAACCAACUGCUGCGGAAAAGAAUAUAGCUGAAUCAAUUGAACAAAAACAACGUACUUCGGAAAAGAAUAAAGUUGAAUCAGUUAAACAAACACGAAGUGCCUCGAAAAAGAAUAAAUCUGAACCAAGUACUUCGGAAAAUAAACCUGAACCAAUUGAACAAAAACGAAGUGCUUCAAAAAACAAAAAAUCUGAAUCAAAUGCUUCGAAAAAGAAGAAAACUGAAUCAAUUGAACGACCAGUAGAAAUAAAUAUUGAACCAAAAACUACUGAAUCAAUAAUAAAAACAAGAAAACGUCCACUAGAAAGUGUUGAAAAAAAUGAAGAAUUAAAAAAGAAAAUUGAAAUUCAAAAUAUUGAAUUAAAUCAAGAAGAACGCCAAAAAAUUGAAGAAUUAACUGUUGCUGAACUUAAAUCUCGAUUAAAUAAACAUAAGGAAAAUAUACCAAAAGGUGCAAAGAAAGCUGAUCUUAUCGCUUUACUUAUUAAACUAGAAACAAAUUUACUUAAAGAACAAAAACAAGUUGAAACACCAAUCAUGGAUUCAUCAAGUUAUACUGGUUUACCAAAUAAACUUUUUCAAGGUUUAACAUCAGUUAAAUCAACAUUAACAACUGGUCAUAUUCUUGAAAAAUCUGAAAAAAUAUUUAUUGAAAAAAAUGAUACAUUUCAUCAUCAUAUGGCACGUAGUGUUUUAGGUAUACAAGCACCAUUAAAAUUAAAAACAGAAUUACAAAUAGCAAAUAAACUUGGUCGUCUUCCAUGUUUACCAAGUUCACGUUUGAUGGUUGAUGUAUUACGUGGUACAAAUGAAGAUAUUUCAUUUGAGGAUAUAUUAAAUAAUCCAUAUGAAUUUGGUGAACAUCAAAUAGAUCCACAUUUAGCUAUGGAUAAACAAGAUCGAUUAUUUUAA